AUGUCGCUCGUAAUCCCAGACAAGUUUCAACAUAUUCUUCGUAUUAUGAAUACGAAUAUUGAUGGCAAACGUAAAGUUAUGUUUGCCAUGACUGCGAUUAAAGGAGUUGGUCGCAGAUACUCUAAUAUUGUAUUGAAAAAAGCCGACAUUGACUUGGACAAACGUGCCGGAGAAUGCACUGAAGAAGAGGUAGAGAAAAUUAUUACGAUCAUGUCAAAUCCCAGGCAAUACAAGAUCCCUGAUUGGUUCCUUAACAGGCAAAAGGAUAUAGUUGACGGAAAAUACAGCCAACUGACUUCCUCUAACUUGGAUUCAAAACUUCGUGAAGAUUUAGAAAGAUUGAAAAAGAUCCGUGCCCAUAGAGGUAUGCGUCACUACUGGGGCCUCAGAGUGCGUGGUCAACACACUAAGACUACUGGCAGACGUGGAAGAACUGUUGGUGUGUCUAAGAAGAAG